CACCAGUCCUGGACCGAGAUCAAAACCAAGCGCUUUGCCACGAUCGAACCUUCGUUCCAGCACUACUUCAGACGACAACCUACUACUUUAACUCCUCCCGUCAAACUGGGAACAACGCAGCUUUUUGGUCAGACUAGCCCCCAUCACCUCUCCAAUCAUCAAUCCACUUCAACCACCACCAAACCACUGCACCAGCCUUUUAAGUUACUGCCACUACCGACCUUCCUUGUCCCAUCACAAGCCAGCGGCUCGUAGUACGCAGCGUAGUCUCCCAUCGCCCCCGCGAUUCUACCAAACGAUACCACGCUUAUUUACUCCCGAAACCCCUACUGAGCUGCGGUGCUGCCACCUGGUACUUUAUUUAGAGGCUUUUUAUUUUUGCUUAUUACUGUACCUCGCACCAUUCAUCCUUCUGGGUUUGACAAAGCCUGCACCCUACGGAUCUCGUGUGGUGUCAGUCAAGGUUAAAGCCUGUACAGCUUGAAGCCCCUAAAGUCCCGGCUAAGACGAUUAAGCACUCGCACAAAACCACACUUCCCAGAGAACACACACCCACACACACUUGCAAACCUUCACCCCCCAUCGUUCAAUCGUUCCUUUUCCAAAAUACGCCGUCAUCUUUAUCUCUAGCUCCCUCCCCGGUUUUUUCUUAGUAGUUCAUCACGACUAAGGCCACUACACCAAACGCAAACAGGCAAUCUUCGGGUCUUCUUGUAUUCGGUUGCUUUUGGCCUCCUACAGGAGCUACCUCCGUCCGUCCCACCCCGACGCGCUUCCCGCAGCUUGUUCCUUGUUAUCCUCCCUAACCCUCCUCCGCCUCUCCAGCUAAUAACGCGGAUUGUUUCGUGCCCAGGCACACCUCACUGGCUCUCACUAGCACGUAACGUACAGAAGUUCAUUGCUGUUCUUGUGAGGAAACCUUUUUUCCUUCCAGUUGCGCCAAGCGAAACAGUUCCCCCAAAAGUGCACAUCUAGUGUUUCGCUGCCUAGUCGCAAGAGAGACUAGGACUUAUUGCUUGUAGGGGGGAAAUAGAAAGGGAUCUUUACCAUUUUCAGACGCAAGAAAGUCAUUAUAUGGACAGGCCGGCCUCUGAUUACGCGCAGCCAGGUUUGCACUCUCCGAAUCCAACAUUGGCGGAGCCACACUCUGAACGACCGGCUGCAGAACAGACUGCUGCUGCUGCGUCCGGUCAGUACACUUCGCAGCCCGAAGCCCGACCCGCCACUCAGUACACUGCGCCAGCGGAAGGGCGACCAUCCAACAUUUCGUCCUCCAAUACCCCCCAGCCGGACUACGGUCUGAACCCGCCGGCGCCCGCUCCUCCCCAAACCCAACCCCAACAGCAACAGCAACAGCAGCAUCAAGCGCAAGCGCAGCCUCAACCUCAAGCCCCUCCUCCGCCCGCAGCUCGCCCUCCUCCUGGCCCUUAUCCUGAAUACCUGACCCGUCAGCCACAGUACCAUCACGCGCCUCAUACCCAGCCCGGCGGCGCGGCAGGUAUGGCUCAAGCAACAAAUCCCUCAAUUGCGGCAUCGAGCCCCACAUAUCCUCCUCCGUACUCCCCAUAUAAUCCCCAGGGUCACGAAAUGACUCAAUAUCCGGGUCACCCUCCUCCACAGAUGUACGGCCGUCCAGAUUGGCCACCACAUCAAUAUGGACAGCAUCCACAUGGCUUGCCAGGGCCAUAUAGUUCGCCUGGCACAACGGUGGGUUCUGCGUCUCCAGCUGCGACCGCAGGCCCUCGUCCAGGACAGGUAUACUCCUUCGUCCCAAUCCCCGGUGCCCAGCAGCACAAGCGCCCCCGCCGCCGAUAUGAAGAAAUCGAGCGAAUGUACAAGUGUGGCUGGAAUGGAUGCGAAAAGGCAUAUGGCACCUUAAACCACCUUAAUGCGCACGUCACAAUGCAAUCGCAUGGCGCGAAAAGAACCCCAGAAGAAUUCAAAGAAAUCCGAAAGGAAUGGAAGGCCCGUAAGAAGGAAGAAGAGAACCAACGCAAGGCUGCUGAGGAGCGAGAGCGUGCGGCCGCACAGGCGAACCAGCAGGUCGAUGGCAGCGCCCCGGCUGACCCUUCACAAGCGGCCCAGUCAACGUCGUACCCUGGCGGUAUUCGUCCUCAGCUACCGCCCAUUGGAUAUCAGCCUGCGGACGGCCAGGUCCCUGGUCAGUACGGCGCUUCCGCUGGAGCUGGCCUGGUAUAUCCCCCAAGCAAUGGCCAGAUGGCAGCGCCAUAUCCUCCAGCCAAUUACCCUCAUUCCCCGUAUGGCCAGGGAAACCAGGUAUACCAACCGCGUGAGUGAUCGUUCACACGUCCCUGCCUCCCUCUCUCAUCUGGAGUCUUCUCUGUUCAAGUUUUAUUCUAUCCUCCUCCAAACCGACAAAAUGAAAGAAAGAAAGAAGCUUUGAAAAAAGGGGACGCUGGAAACAACAAGUCGUUGGCUUUUUUCCUUCUAGUGUGUGUGUGUGUGUGUUUGUUCGUGCAUUGGGAAAGAAACAAAAUUUGCAUUUUUAUUCCCUAUAAAUAUUAAUCGUUUUUUGUUCUCUUCUAUCUUGUAUCACAGCGUGGUACUGACGGCUGAUGCUGUAGCCCCAGAAAAUCAAUCCAGUAGCUACCAAUAGGGCUUGAUUUGAUGGGGGGAAAAGAAAAAGGGCAAAGGGAAAAAGAAAGGGAAAGGCGGAGGUAAACAAAUGGAAGGGGAAGAAAGGGGGAAAAGAACAAAAUUCUCCGGACAUACAUUUUCUUGCAUACUUGCUUGAGACACGCACACUCUUGCUGCAUCAAGGGGGGUUUUCCGUCUCUCUCCCUUCUUUUACUUAAAUUGGCAUUUUAUUACAUAUAUUUGAGGGGGUUGUCUUGAUCGGCCUUUUUUUUUUUUUUUUUUUUUUUUUUUUUUUCCCUUCUCUGUUUGUGUCAAGGUUUCAUUUCCAGUGUGCGCAUGUGUGCGGGAGUGGAAGGAGAGGGGAAUUUCUUAGUGUGCUGUGCUUUACCUCCACAAUUCCCCAGUUUACCAUUAUUGUUCUUCACUUGCUAUUUCACACAAACAUUGUUACCCUCCCCUUGUGGUUUCUUGUCAUCAUUCCAUGUUCCUUAUUUUCUCACCGCCUCGCUCGAGAUACAAUACAUACCUCUCCCCCCCCCCAUAGCACCUUAUCAUUUGUUCUGUUUUUCUUCAUUUUUUUGUUUUUUUUU